AUGGUCGUGCUCAUUAUUGGACAAUUGGAUAGCCCUAAUGAAUCAAAUGUAUCUUCAACAAAUUUCCAAAACACGCAGAACGUUCUAGCUGGGACAUCUUUCAAACUUCCAGAAGAAAAUUCUAAGCAUCGAUUUGGUCUGAAUCAUUUUGAAAAGUAUCAUUAUGAAAAUGAAAAACCUUCCACUACACAUACUAUACAUAUACCAUUUUAUAUGUACACAAAUAAAGAUUACUUUGGCUUCAAGAAAGAUGAAGUGAAAAUAGAUCCCCAUAGUAAAUUUACAUUAGUAUUGCCUCCAGGAUCAGAGUGUAAAGAGUAUCAACCUGAAGAACUUAAUAAUAUUGAAGAAGAUGUAACAGCCUGGGAUCAAGGAAAUAUGUGGCCUUUUACAUGUUACAGUCCAAGAAAUAGAAAUUGUUUAACAUGUUUCAAAGAUAUAUCUCCAGAAGAAUUACGAUGGGGUAUGAUUGAAGCUGAACGUUAUGGAACAGUACUUCCAUACGUAAGUAUUAUAUUUAUAAAUUUUUGUUUCAUUAAAUUAUUUCUUACAUUUUAAAUUAUUUUAAAAAUCAAAAUAUUAUUUAUUGACCAAAAACAU